CGCAUCUUACCAUUGCUGCUUCCUCAUCCACCCACGCCCACAUCUCUUCAUCUCAUCUUGACCUGCAUCCUAGCUUCUCUACAGACCGGACUUCACGCACUCUCAUAUACAUACCAUCAUGGACGGCGAAGAUCUCAUCGACUACGAGGAGGAGAUCGCUCCGACAACUACGGCUACCAACGGAGCUGCUGCUACUGGAGAUGGAGCAGCGGCAACUGCUGACGGCGACGCGAACAAGAAGGGAUCCUACGUCGGUAUCCACUCCACCGGUUUCCGAGACUUCCUCCUCAAGCCUGAGCUGCUGCGCGCUAUCAGCGAUCUAGGUUUCGAGCACCCUUCUGAAGUUCAACAAGAAUGCAUUCCUCAGUCCAUCCUUGGUAUGGACGUUCUGUGUCAGGCCAAGUCUGGUAUGGGAAAGACUGCCGUCUUUGUGCUUGCUACUCUUCAGCAGAUUGAAGUAGUGGAUGGCGAAGUUUCUGUCAUCAUCUUGUGCCACACUCGAGAACUGGCUUUCCAAAUCCGCAACGAGUACGCCAGGUUCUCAAAGUACAUGCCCGAGGUACGCACCUCUGUCUUCUUCGGCGGUACACCCGUUGCUCAGGACCAGGCUAUCCUCAAGGACAAGGCAAAGUGCCCUCACAUCAUCGUUGGUACACCUGGUCGACUCAACGCUCUCGUGCGCGAUAAGAGCAUGAAGAUGAGCGGUGUCAAGCACUUCAUUCUCGACGAGUGUGACAAGAUGCUGGAGCAGAUCGACAUGCGCCGCGAUGUUCAGGAGAUCUUCCGCGCUACUCCCCACCACAAGCAGGUGAUGAUGUUCUCGGCUACCCUAUCGAAGGAGGUCCGGCCCACUUGCAAGAAGUUCAUGCAGAACCCGCUGGAGAUCUACGUCGACGACGAGACCAAGCUGACUCUGCACGGUCUGCAACAGCACUUUGUUCGCCUUACAGAGGCUGAGAAGAACCGUAAGCUCAACGACCUUCUCGACUCCCUAGAGUUCAACCAAGUCAUCAUCUUCGUCAAGUCCGUCACUCGAGCCAACGAGCUGGACAAGCUGCUCCGCGAAUGCAACUUCCCCAGUAUCUGCAUUCACGGUGGUCUGCCUCAGGAGGAGCGUAUCAAGAGGUACACUGCCUUCAAGCAGUUCGAGAAGCGAAUCCUGGUGGCCACUGACAUCUUUGGUCGUGGUAUCGAUGUGGAGCGAGUCAAUGUCUCUAUCAGCUACGACUGCCCCUCGGAUGCCGACUCGUACCUGCACCGAGCCGGCCGAGCUGGCCGAUUCGGAACCAAGGGUCUGUCGAUCAUCUUUGUCUCCUCGGAUGGUGAUGACGAGGUCCUCAAGUCGAUUCAGUCGCGCUUCGAAAUUGCCGUACCAGAGCUGCCAGAGAGCAUCUCGGCAGACUCGUACAUGUCGUCGGCUUGAGCUUCAGGUUUGAGGCAGGCCGGGCGCGGCGCUGCUCUGCAUCAGGUUCCGUUUGCGCAAUAGGCUCACAACAAGGAACAAAUGCUUUAGUGGACUGAGUGGCAGGACUGGAACAACAGCGCGAGCAAUUUAGUAGCGUGGAAAAUCCAAGCUUC